AUGUCGAGUGCUUUUCCAGGUGAAGGGCAUACUCCCAUGUCGCCGUUUGAAGACACGUUUCAAUUUGAAGAUAAUAGCAGCAAUGAAGAUACUCAUAUCGGGCCCACCCAUAUCGGUGAUAACGUAUCAAGUAAUAAAUACGGCCGGCCACAGGUUAACUUUAAUGACGAGGCACCCAAAAAUAAGCGUGAAGACGCGGAAGAGUUUACAUUCAACGAUGACACAGAAUACGACAACCAUUCCUUCCAGCAAACACCAAAACUUAAUAAUGGAUCUGGGACUUUUGAUGAUGUAGAAUUAGAUAACGAUAAUGGAGAGCCACAUACCAACUACGAUGGUAUGAAGCGAUUCCGGAUGGGCACAAAAAGGAAUAAAAAAGGAAACCCAAUAACGGGGAGAUCUAAGACCUUGAAAUGGGCUAGAAAGAACAUUCCAAACCCCUUUGAAGAUUUCACGAAGGAUGAUAUUGACCCUGGUGCCAUAAAUCGCGCUCAAGAGCUAAGGACUGUAUAUUAUAACAUGCCUUUACCUAAAAACAUGAUAGACGAAGAAGGCAACCCCAUUAUACAAUAUCCUCGUAAUAAAAUUAGAACGACAAAAUAUACCCCACUAACAUUCUUACCUAAAAACAUUUUAUUCCAGUUUCAUAACUUUGCGAAUGUUUAUUUCUUAGUUUUAAUUAUUUUGGGUGCUUUCCAAAUCUUUGGUGUUACAAACCCUGGUUUAAGUGCCGUCCCAUUAGUUGUUAUUGUUAUCAUUACCGCAAUUAAGGAUGCUAUUGAAGAUUCUAGAAGAACCGUACUAGAUUUAGAGGUGAACAAUACCAAGACUCAUAUUUUAGAAGGUGUUGACAACGAAAAUGUCUCAACAGACAACAUAUCAUUGUGGAGGAAAUUUAAGAAAGCAAACUCAAAACUUCUUUUCAAGUUUAUACAAUAUUGUAAAGAACAUUUAACUGAAGAAGGCAAAAUGAAGAGAAUGCAAAGAAAACGCCAUGAACUAAGAGUACAAAAGACAGUUGGAACAAGUGGGCCCAGGUCCUCCUUAGACUCCAUUGACAGUUACAGGGCGUCUGCAGAUUAUGGCCGUCCUUCACUAGAUUAUGAUAAUUUGGAACAAGGGGUCGGUGAAGCCAAUAUAGUUGAUAGAUCUCUUCCACCAAGAACGGAUUGCAAAUUUGCGAAGAACUAUUGGAAAAGUGUUAAGGUUGGUGACAUUGUUCGUAUCCAUAACAACGACGAAAUUCCUGCUGAUAUCAUCUUACUUUCAACAUCAGAUGCUGAUGGUGCGUGUUAUCUAGAGACCAAGAAUUUGGAUGGUGAAACGAAUUUAAAGGUACGUCAAUCGUUGAAAUGUGCCAAUACUAUAAGAACGUCGAGAGAUAUUGCGAGAACAAAGUUCUGGAUCGAAAGUGAAGGACCUCACUCAAACUUGUAUACUUAUCAAGGUAACAUGAAAUGGAGGAGUCUUGCAGAUGGCGAAACACGAAAUGAACCUAUUACUAUCAAUAAUGUUCUACUUCGUGGCUGCACUCUUAGAAAUACUAAGUGGGCAAUGGGUAUUGUCAUGUUUACUGGUGAUGAUACAAAGAUUAUGUUGAACUCUGGUAUUACACCUACCAAGAAAUCAAGAAUUUCAAGAGAGCUAAACUUUUCUGUCGUGAUCAACUUUGUGCUGCUUUUCAUUUUGUGUUUUGUUUCUGGUAUUGCCAAUGGUGUAUAUUACGACAAAAAAGGCAGAUCACGGUUUUCCUAUGAAUUUGGGACAAUUGCUGGAUCAGCAGCGACGAACGGAUUCGUCUCAUUUUGGGUUGCUGUUAUUCUUUAUCAAUCCUUAGUCCCCAUUUCAUUGUAUAUCUCAGUAGAGAUCAUCAAAACUGCGCAGGCGGCUUUUAUUUACGGAGAUGUUUUACUCUACAAUGCGAAGUUGGACUACCCUUGCACCCCAAAAUCUUGGAAUAUUUCCGACGAUUUAGGUCAAGUAGAAUACAUAUUCUCUGACAAGACAGGUACAUUAACACAAAACGUGAUGGAGUUCAAAAAAUGUACCAUUAAUGGUGUUUCAUAUGGGAGGGCCUAUACUGAAGCUUUAGCGGGGUUGAGAAAAAGACAAGGUAUAGAUGUUGAAACUGAGGGGCGGCGUGAGAGAGCCGAAAUCGCCAAGGAUAGGGAUACAAUGAUUGACGAACUAAGAGCUUUAUCAGGAAAUUCACAAUUCUAUCCUGAAGAGGUUACUUUUGUAUCAAAGGAGUUCGUUCGCGAUUUGAAAGGCGCCAGUGGCGAAAUACAACAAAGGUGCUGUGAGCACUUCAUGUUAGCAUUAGCUCUGUGUCAUUCUGUUCUGGUAGAAGCAAAUCCAGACGAUCCAAAAAAACUUGAUUUAAAAGCUCAAUCCCCAGAUGAAGCGGCAUUAGUAGCCACGGCUAGGGACGUGGGAUUCAGUUUUGUUGGAAAAACUAAAAAAGGUUUAAUAGUUGAAAUGCAAGGUAUUCAAAAAGAGUUUGAGAUCCUGAAUAUUCUGGAGUUUAAUUCAUCCAGAAAAAGAAUGUCCUGUAUUGUUAAAAUUCCCGGUCUAAACCCAGAGGAUGAGCCUAAAGCUCUUUUAAUUUGUAAAGGUGCUGAUUCCAUUAUAUAUUCAAGAUUAAGCCGCCAGAGCGGUAGCAAUAAUGAAACAGUAUUAGAGAAAACUGCUUUACAUCUAGAACAGUAUGCUACUGAAGGCUUGAGAACACUAUGUAUAGCUCAGAGAGAAUUGAGCUGGUCUGAAUACAAGAAAUGGAAUGAAAGGUAUGAUAUUGCUGCUGCAUCAUUAGCCAACAGAGAAGAUGAAUUAGAAGUCGUUGCAGAUUCUAUUGAACGUGAAUUAAUAUUAUUAGGUGGUACAGCUAUUGAAGACCGUUUACAAGAUGGUGUUCCGGAUUGUAUAGAAUUACUCGCGGAGGCAGGGAUCAAAUUAUGGGUUCUUACAGGUGAUAAAGUUGAAACAGCCAUAAAUAUUGGAUUCUCAUGCAAUCUUUUAAAUAAUGAAAUGGAACUAUUAGUUAUCAAAACAUCGGGUGACGAUGUGAAGGAAUUUGGGUCAGAACCAAGCGAAAUUGUGGAUUCUUUACUUUCGAAGUACUUGAAAGAGUAUUUUGGUCUACACGGUACUGAAGAAGAGAUAUUUGAAGCAAAGAAAGAUCACGAAUUUCCAAAAGGUAACUACGCUGUUGUUAUUGAUGGAGAUGCUUUGAAAUUAGCGUUAUAUGGUGAAGACAUAAGAAGAAAGUUUCUGUUACUCUGCAAGAACUGCAGAGCUGUUUUAUGCUGCAGAGUCUCACCCUCCCAAAAAGCAGCUGUUGUUAAAUUAGUUAAGGAUUCACUAGACGUUAUGACCCUUGCCAUUGGCGAUGGUUCCAACGACGUUGCCAUGAUUCAAUCUGCAGAUGUUGGUAUUGGUAUUGCCGGUGAAGAAGGGCGACAGGCUGUUAUGUGCUCGGAUUAUGCCAUCGGUCAAUUCAGAUAUCUGGCUAGAUUAGUGCUUGUUCACGGUAGGUGGUCCUAUAAGAGGUUAGCUGAAAUGAUUCCUGAGUUUUUUUACAAAAACAUGAUAUUUGCAUUAGCAUUAUUCUGGUAUGGUAUCUAUAAUGAUUUCGACGGGUCAUAUUUGUAUGAGUACACUUAUAUGAUGUUCUAUAACUUGGCAUUUACAUCUUUGCCGGUUAUCUUCUUAGGUAUUUUGGACCAGGAUGUGAAUGACACUAUAUCUUUAGUGGUUCCCCAGUUAUAUCGUGUUGGGAUCUUAAGAAAAGAGUGGAAUCAAAGAAAGUUUUUAUGGUACAUGUUGGACGGUUUAUACCAAUCUAUCAUUUGCUUUUUUUUCCCCUAUCUGGUUUAUCACAAAAAUAUGGUAGUAACAAGUAAUGGAUUGGGAUUGGAUCAUCGUUAUUUUGUCGGUGUUUAUGUCACCACCAUUGCCGUAAUAUCAUGUAACACAUAUGUUUUACUACAUCAAUAUAGGUGGGACUGGUUUAGCGGACUAUUCAUUGCGCUGUCGUGUCUUGUCGUUUUCGCAUGGACCGGGAUAUGGUCUUCUGCAAUAGGAAGCAGAGAAUUUUUUAAAGCUGCAGCACGUAUCUAUGGAGCACCAUCAUUCUGGGCUGUGUUCUUCGUUGCCGUGUUAUUCUGUUUACUACCUCGUUUCACAUAUGACAGUUUUCAGAAAUUUUUCUACCCAACUGAUGUAGAAAUAAUAAGAGAAAUGUGGCAACAUGGUCAUUUUGACCAUUAUCCAGCUGGUUACGAUCCGACAGACCCUAACAGACCCAAAGUCACAAAGCCAGGGCAACACGGAGAAAAGAUUAUAGAAGGUAUAACACUUUCUGACAAUUUAGGUGCUUCCAACUAUUCAAGAGACAGUGUUGUUACGGAAGAGAUUCCAAUGUCAUUCAUCCGAGCUGAAAACGGAAGUCCUAGUCGAUAUCAAAAGCCUGAAUCUUGGAUGACUUCACCCAAGGAAACACAAGAUCUUCUUCAAUCGCCCCAAUUUCAGCAGACCCAAGCAUUCGAGACCGUUCCAGCCACCAACCUCAGGUCAUCUUUGGACCGUACAAGGGAACAGAUGAUGGCUACGCAUCAACUAGACCACCGUUACUCUGUCGAAAGGGCAAGAACGUCUCUAGACUUACCGGGCAUAACAAACGCAGCCUCCUUGAUCGGAACCCAACAGAACAGCUAA